AUGGCCGGCGGAGCAGGCGACGACGAGAGCGGCGACGACGGCGGCGACGAGCAGGCCAACCCGUUCCUCUCGGCGUACGACAAGCUUCGGAUCGACGACAAGAAAAAGGGCAUCAAGCGGUCGGGCCUGUCAAAGCGCGGAGGGACGAGCGGCGCGGGUGGGGCGAGCGGCGGCUCGGGCCGCGGCUCGUCGCGCAGCGGGUCGGGAGGCGGCGGUCGCGGCGGCAGCAGAGGCGGCGGAGGUGGCGGCGGCGGCAGCAACGAGGAUGUAGACGAACGGCUGAAGAACAUCGAUCCGGCGUUUGUGGAGAUGAUCGAGAACGAAAUUCUGGACACGCGGAUGAACGUGACGUGGGACGAUAUUGCCGGGCUUGCGGCGGCGAAAAAGGCGGUGAUGGAGAUUGUGGUACUGCCGCUGCUGCGGCCGGACCUCUUUACCGGCCUCCGGUCUGUGCCCAAGGGCAUCCUGCUGUUUGGUCCGCCGGGAACGGGCAAGACGAUGAUUGGCAAGGCGAUUUCUGCCCAGUCUGGGGCGACGUUCUUCUCGAUCUCGGCCUCAGCACUGACGUCCAAGUGGGUCGGGCAGGGCGAGAAAAUGGUGCGUGCGCUCUUUGCUGUGGCGCGUGUCCACCAGCCUGCGGUCAUCUUCAUCGACGAGAUCGACUCGCUCCUCUGCCAGCGGUCGGAGAAGGACAUGGAGUCGUCGCGGCGGAUCAAGACCGAGUUCCUCAUUCAGCUCGACGGGUGCGGCUCGGCGUCGCAAGAGCAGCUUCUCGUUGUCGGCGCCACCAACCGGCCGCAGGAGCUCGACGAGGCCGCCCGGCGGCGGAUGGUCAAGCGGCUAUACAUUCCGCUGCCCGAUGCCGAUGGCCGGCGGGCGCUGGUUCAGCGGCUGCUGGCCGAGCAGCCGCACUCGCUCGACGACGCCGACAUCGAGACACUCGUCGCCGCCACUGCCGGCUUCUCGGGCGCCGACGUCAAGGCCCUCUGCACCGAAGCCGCACUCGGCCCGAUCCGCGAGCUGACCAACAUGACCUCGAUUGAGACCAUGCAGGCCAUCCGCGACAUUUCUGCCGACGCCGUCCGCCCGCUCUCCAAAGCUGACUUUGACGAGGCCAUGCUCACUGUCCGGCCCUCGGUCUCACCCUCAGAGAUCACCCACUACAUCGAGUGGAACAAGCUUUACGGAUCAACCCGUGCCAAGUUGGAGGCUACCUCCAAGCGACUGGAGACUUGUUUGGGAUCUGCCUUUAAGGGCUACCAGGAGUGUCUCCGCAAGUACUUUGCCUAUCAGUUGUCAAAGGUCGAGCUCGAUGCCUUUGUCCGCACCGUUCUGGGCAAGGAGCACAUCGAGCUGCACAACACGUUCAUGGCCGACAUUCUCGCCAACGCACGUCACGCUGAGCCGCCGGCCAACAUGGGCAACGCGCUCGAGGAGCGCAAGCGGAAGCGAUCGAUGGGCGCAGGAAGCGGGAGGUUCUCAAAGUCGGUCAAGCGCGACACCCACGCGUCUCCGGCGUCGAGCGGGACCAACAUGGCCACGCCGUACAUGAUGUCGCUGGUGGAGGCGUCCAACGCCAAGGGCGGGCCGGGCGGGCGGGGCCGGAAGCGGAGCGUGUACGCAGGGCGGGCCGGAUACGGCCGGCGCUUCCGCGCCACAGCGCCGUCGCUCUCGUCAGGCAUCCACCUCUGUUCGCAGACCAAGUCGCUGCCGUCGGCAGCGGCGCUGGCCGAGCGUAUGAAGAAGAUGGCCGUCGAGGCCGAACUGAAUGGCGUCGAUCCCGACGCGGCCGCCCUCCUCGGCACCGCGCUCCGCGUCCAUCUCAAGAACCUACUCUCCACAUGCGUCGACAUUGUCGCCACCGUCCGCACCGCCAAGGCUGCCUCUGCCCCGCCGCCGUCUUCGCCGCCCGCAAACGGCCACAAGGCCGCAGCGGUGGCCGACAGCCCACGCACCACCAUCGGCGUCGCCGACCUCGCCCUCGCCGUCCAAGUCGCCCCGCUCAUCCUCGGCGACGAUCUCCCCAUAGCUCGCGAGCGACUUGUUCUCCUCGAGCGCAAGCUGUCCACCCAUCACCAGUAACAGCACAUCAACAGGA